AUGGAUGGUUUUGACUUUAAUGCAGAGCCACUUGCGGAAGAGUCAUCUUCAGGGGAUGACGGAUUUGCGGAGAGCCACGCGAUAUUGGUGAACAGCGACAGCGAUGACGACAGUGACGGCAACAGCGGCAGUUCGGAGGAGAGCGAGCUGGAUGAGGAUGAAUUGGCGUUUGCGAGGCACCAUCUGAUUGAGUGGGAGGCGAUGGAAUCUGACGAUGAGACAUCUGAAUUCUCGGAAAAAACCGACCCCGACAACUACACCGAGUACUCAGUGAGCGAUGACGACAACGAAGAGGAUAUGGGCACCAACUCGAGAGACGAUAAUACAUCUGGCGGUGGCGGAAAACACGGACGUGGGGCUGGGCUGGCGGCAUUCCCACUGUUCACGCAACUUCCGGCUGAGCUGCGCUUGCGAAUCUGGGAGCUGCAUUGCCCGGACCUGCUGGAGCAGGUCAGAGUAUUCGAAAUGCGCCUUGAACGCGGCGGACGUCUAGCGAUGGGCCAGUCGAUGAUUCGGAAAGGUCGACCGCUGCGCCGAUUUAUGAGAAUCUGCCAGGAGACGAGGGCACGAGGCUUGCAGACGGUGCCAGACGAGCUGCCGCUGGGAGUGUACGGCCGGGACAGUGGCGUGCACCGAUUUCACGCGCAGUCGGACAUAUUGCACUUCAACUUCGAGGAGACCGGGGCCAUACCGAGGACCGGUCUGUACGACAAUGUACGCAACAUUGCUAUGUUCGAUAUGGAGGUACGGUCACGUGGGCCUGGGGUUUACCACGACUACGUCCAUGGCCACAUUGUAUUGGGAAUCAUGUCGGAGGAAGACGUCUCACAUCAGAGGCCGUCAGAGCUACGACCAGCCGAGUUCUCCGAGGCACUUGAGAAGGCAUUUCCGCAACUUGAGAAUCUGUACGUGGUGGAGAAGGGCAUAGUGCAGUACCUAGAUCGGUGGGUUGGGGCGGACGACCACGAAACAUAUGAAAUCAACACCUAUGAACGGGACGAGUCAGGCCGCCGCCUGCCGCUUCGACUAAUCUACUGCUGGCACGCACCGCCACCAAAACGUCGCAUCUCCAGUGGCCAGACAGGGGCGCACGGCGAGGAAAAAUGCGAGGAGGGCUACAAAGAGGAGGCGGUGUUGAAUCACGUGUCGGCGCUGAAGGAGAGGGGAGUGCGGUUUUCACGGAUGCUUCUGUAUGAGGACGAGGAGGGCUGUGAGGUACUAUUGGAAAUGCGCACGCUAUGCGAGGGCGGGAAAUGGCCUGUGGCGGGUGAUGGGAAGCCAAGGGUCGACGAUCCACCAUAUUACGGAGACGAGUGGAUCGGGUCGGCUGACGACGAGUAUGAGAGCGAAGGGAUAGACGAUGAGGAUUCGGAGGAUAGUGAGGAGGAGGACAGUGAUGACGGCGAAGACGUGCAGGCUCUGGAAGCAAACUUUUCCAGUCCCGAGCCGGAGUUGGAGCCAGAACCAAGAACGAAGACAAACGGAGGGAAAGCGGCGUCGAACGCAUCGCAGGUCAGGGCUAAGAGACAGCGUCGUCUGGUCGUCUCGGACGACGAAGACAGUCAGGAGGAGGGAGAAAAGAAGAAGCAAGAUGAAGACGACGAAGACGACGAAGACGAAGACGGCAAUUCGUCGGAGACAGAGGUCGGACAGGACGCCAAGAAGCUGAGUCUCGCAGAGAGACUGCAGCUAAAUCGAUUGAACAAUCCGAUUUCGUCAGACGAAGACGAGAGUGACUCUGCAUCGGACAGCGAGGUGGAUGGCAGUGCAUACGGCGCAUUGGUGGAGAUGUUGGCCAAAGAGGGGGACGAGAGCGAGAGCGAGAGCGAGAGCGAGAGCGAGAGCGAGAGCGAGAGCGAAAGCGAAGGGGAGGGUAGCGGGCGAUGGGAAGAAGGAGAGUGGGGGGGUAUAGAUGAAUCCGGGGAGGAAGAUGAUGAGGACUGA